UGCCUGGACCAAUCAGACUCAAACACGAAGUUGUUGUACAUAUAAGCGUAGUCUAGUGUCAACGCAGCGUGUUGUCUAACUAUUGGAUUUGUAUUAGCUGACUCGAUGGUGUGAAGUGUACACGAGAGGAUUUGCUGCUAGCAGAGUACAAAAAGGAACUGAUAAGACUGUUUCUUCAGAAUGGCGGUUUUUUGGGGUGCCCUGAUUUGCUUAGUGUCGUCGGUGGCUGCCUUGUAUCCUUCAAGUUCAGAUGUUGUAGAUCUGAAUCCUGCAAAUUUCGAUAGAUUGGUUAUUCAGAGUGAUGCAUUAUGGAUAGUUGAAUUUUAUGCCCCUUGGUGUGGACAUUGCCAGCAGUUUGUACCUGAAUUCUCAAAGGCAGCAACUGCUCUGAAGGGUGUUAUUAAAGUAGGAGCAGUGAAUGCAGAUGAACACAAGUCUUUAAGUUCCCAGUAUGGUGUUAGAGGAUUUCCAACUGUAAAAAUAUUUGGAUCAGAUAAGAGCAAACCCGAAGAUUACAGUGGUCCUAGAACAGCUGAAGGACUUGUUGAUUCUGGAUUUAAAGCACUUAGGGAUAAAGUUAACAUUCAACUUGGUGGAAAACGAAGUGGUAGCAGUUCAAAGAGUGAUCCAAAAGAUGUCAUUGAACUGACAGACAGUAACUUCAAAUCAAAAGUUUUAGAUUCUGAAGAUAUUUGGCUGGUUGAAUUUUAUGCUCCUUGGUGUGGCCAUUGUAAGAAUCUUGCACCACAUUGGGCUAAAGCAGCUACUGAACUGAAAGGAAAGGUAAAACUUGGCGCUUUAGAUGCAACAGUACAUACUGUAACAGCAAAUGAAUAUGGAGUACAGGGAUAUCCUACAAUAAAAUAUUUUGGACCUGGCAGGAAGGAAUCAAGCUCGGCUCAAGACUACACUGGUGGCAGGACAAGCAGUGAUAUAGUAACAUGGGCAAUGGAAAAACUGGCAGAAAAUGUUCCUGCUCCAGAUGUGAAACAGAUAAUAAAUGAAGAAACCCUUAAAGAAGCCUGCGAAGAACAUCCACUUUGUGUUGUAUCUGUUUUGCCCCAUAUUUUGGACUGUCAGUCAGAUUGCCGAUAUAGUUAUCUAGACACAUUGAAGAAAAUGGGUGAGAAGUACAAACAGAAAAUGUGGGGGUGGAUUUGGGCAGAAGCUGGAUCUCAACCUGAACUCGAGUCAAUGCUGGAAAUUGGUGGAUUUGGUUAUCCAGCUAUGGCAGUAAUGAAUGUCAAGAAGAUGAAGUAUUCCAUAUUGAGGGGAUCUUUCUCCACAGAUGGCAUCAACGAAUUUUUACGGGAUCUCUCAUUUGGUAGAGGCUCUACUGCACCUGUAAAAGGAGCGGCUCUUCCAAAGAUUAACCCAACGGAAGCGUGGGAUGGGAAAGAUGGAGAGUUACCGCCAGAAGAAGAUAUUGAUCUCUCAGAUGUUGAUCUUGAUGACAUAGGCACCAAAGAUGAACUUUAAAACUUUGCAGAGUACAAAACUUUGUAAUGAUUUUGACUGACUGAAACAUAGGUAGAGCUGUACGGAUGAAAGGAUGGUAGUAAUUAUUACAAAUAGUGUGUGAUGUGCAUAUGUGUGUGUAUUUUGCUAGGAACUGGAGAAUUAGGAAAGAACUAUUCUAACUUGUGAUAAUGCGUGUGUGUGUGUGGAGGGAAAAAAAGCUGUAUUAUUUGAUUGUUCAUAUUUUUUACUGAUUGUCUAAGUUCAAAGCACAUUUGUGUGCAUUUUGUGUAAUUUCUCUUCAAAACAUAUUACAAGCUGUUCGCCAAUUCUAAUAAAUGUUUGUAAUGUGAUUUAUCAA